AUGUAUGAGUAUUCGCCACGAACUCUCUGCAACCUCCUACGUAGUGCAACUCCUCGCCGCUGCACCGAUAAAAAGCAAUAUAUCGCGCAGUCCUACAGCAUGCUCCCUUUGGAAUCUUGUGUCAUGGUAUUUAGAGGUAGACAGGUGAUCGUGGUUGACCAUGGUUAUUUGGCGCCGUCGGAUGCUAAUACGUGAUGUCAUGCUAAAUCAGGGCUUUAUGCCGAGACAUGUGCCCUUCUUUUCAGUGUGUGCGUGUAGACGAUCUAUGAUCAUGUGUGCGUGGGAUACUGUGAGUUGGCUUGGAACGCGUUA